AUGUCCGGCAAUAUCAAAACCAAGACGCGCAACAGAUCGUACCCGCGCUCCACGGUAAAGAAGAUCAUCAAAGGCCAUUCAGAAAAGAAGGUUGGCCGCAACGUUGAUGCAUUGGUUCGUACUGGCCAUCGCCUCAAAGUCGCGCAGUCACUAAGAUCUCCACAACAGGUGUACGUCGACUAUGUUCUCUUUAUACAAGAGCUGAUGCGGAAUGCUUCUCGCAAGGCUCGUGCCAGUGGAGAAAAGAGAAUAGCUGCGAGAGAUAUAAGGAAGGUCACGAUGAGCAGUUUGCGCAAGUUCAAAGGAUAA